AUGUGUAUGUGUAUGUGUAUAUAUAAGAGGUGUGUCUAUAUUUGUAUGCUGUCUGUGGCUUAGUGUAGGAGAUAACCCUUUUUGGAGAGGAAACAGCGCCGGUGAGACAAAAACCACCAACACCAGAAACACCUGCUGCUUCUCUCUCUCUCUCUUUCUCUUUCUUUCUCUCUGUCUGUGUUGCAGAGAGAGUGUAGUAAUUGACUGUAGUCUUAUACAUUUUGUUUCAAGAAAUGGGGAGUUCAGAGAAAAACAGCAGCAACAUGAUGAUCAUCAAGAAAAAGAAGAAGAAGAGUAACAAUAUUGGGUCUAUUAAGACAAUAUUCAUGCAUGCAGAUUAUGCAGAUUGGUUGUUGAUGAUUCUUGGGUUUAUUGGAUCUGUUGGUGAUGGUUUCUCUACCCCACUUAAUUUGUUUGUUACUAGUAAAUUGAUGAAUAAUCUUGGUGGUGCUUCUCCUUCUGCUACUGAUUUCUCUCAUAACAUUAAUAAGAAUGCACUGACUCUUUGUUACGUGGCUUUUGGACAAUGGCUUGUUUGUUUUCUUGAGGGAUAUUGCUGGACAAGAACAGGAGAGAGACAAGCUACAAGAAUGAGAGCAAGGUAUUUGAAAGCAGUAUUAAGACAAGAUGUGGGUUACUUUGAUUUGCAUGUAACAAGUACAGCAGAGGUUAUCACAAGUGUUUCUAAUGAUAGCCUUGUAAUUCAAGAUGUUCUGAGUGAAAAGGUUCCAAACUUCUUGAUGAAUGCUUCAAUGUUCUUCGGCUGCUAUCUAGUUGGGUUCUUGUUGCUUUGGAGGCUAGCAAUUGUUGGGUUUCCUUUUAUUAUUCUUCUGGUAAUUCCUGGUCUAAUGUAUGGGAGGACUUUAAUGGGAUUGGCUAGAAAGAUGAGGGAGGAGUACAAUAAGGCAGGAACAAUAGCAGAGCAGGCAAUAUCUUCUAUCAGGACUGUAUAUGCCUUUGUUGGCGAGAGCAAAAUCAUAUCUGCAUAUUCUUCAGCUCUUGAAUGUUCAGUGAAGCUGGGGCUCAAGCAAGGCCUGGCUAAGGGCUUGGCCAUUGGCAGUAAUGGGGUUGUUUUUGCUAUUUGGUCUUUUAUGUCUUACUAUGGCAGCACAAUGGUCAUGAAUCAUAAUGCUCGUGGAGGAACUGUUUUUGUAGUUGGUGCUUCUAUUGCUGUAGGUGGAUUGGCCCUUGGUGCUGGUUUAUCAAAUGUGAAGUACUUUUCAGAAGCAUGUUCAGCUGGAGAAAGGAUAAUGGAAGUGAUAAGAAGAGUGCCCAAAAUAGAUCUAGAGAACAUGGAAGGUGAAAUUUUGGAAAAUGUAAGAGGUGAAGUUGAAUUCAAGCAUGUAGAAUUUGCAUACCCAUCAAGGCCAGAAAGCAUAAUCUUUAAAGAUUUUAGCUUCAAAAUUUCAUCAGGAAUGACUGUAGCCUUAGUGGGGGGUAGUGGGUCAGGAAAAUCAACAGUAAUAGCACUGCUGCAAAGAUUUUAUGACCCACUUGGUGGGGAGAUACUUCUCGAUGGGGUGGGAAUUGACAAAUUGCAACUCAAGUGGCUAAGGUCACAAAUGGGUUUAGUGAGCCAAGAGCCAGCACUAUUUGCAACUAGCAUUAAGGAGAACAUAUUUUUUGGCAAAGAAGAUGCCACUAUGGAAGAGGUUGUUGAAGCUGCCAAAGCUUCCAAUGCCCAUAAUUUCAUAUGUCAGUUGCCUCAGGGGUAUGACACCCAGGUCGGCGAGCGAGGAGUUCAAAUGUCAGGAGGACAAAAGCAAAGAAUUGCCAUUGCAAGAGCAAUAAUCAAAGCACCAAGAAUUCUCCUUCUUGAUGAGGCAACAAGUGCAUUAGACUCUGAAUCUGAACGUGCAGUCCAAGAGGCCCUAGACAAGGCUGCCGUGGGGCGGACCACAAUCCUCAUAGCGCAUCGUCUCUCCACCAUCCGAAAUGCUGACCUGAUUGCUGUGGUACAAAAUGGCCAGGUCAUGGAGACAGGUUCUCAUGAUGAAUUAAUGGAAAACGAACACGGAUUAUACACAUCAUUAGUCCGCCUACAGCAAACAGAGAAGGGAAUAAUCAUUGAAGACGAUGAUAAUGUGUCCUCUUCCACAUUAACCUCGAAAAUAGACGUGAAUAAUUCUAGCAGUCGAAGAUUAUCAUUGGUGAGUAGGUCAAGCUCAGCCAACUCAUCGCCACCAACUCGACCUUCACUUGCCGGAGAACAAAAUGUACAAAUCGAGGUGGAAAAAUUUAAGGUACCCUCAUUUCGAAGGCUGCUAAGUAUGAACUUGCCGGAGUGGAAACAGGCAAGCUUUGGAUGUCUAGGUGCAAUUUUGUUUGGUGGUGUGCAACCCGUAUAUGCGUUUGCAAUGGGAUCAAUGAUAUCCAUUUAUUUUUUGACUGACCAUAAUGAGAUUAAGGAGCAGAUGAGGAUUUACUCAUUAUGCUUUUUAGGGUUGUCAGUCUUCUCAUUGAUCAUUAACAUUGUUCAGCAUUAUAAUUUUGCGUAUAUGGGUGAGUAUUUGACGAAAAGGAUCAGAGAGAGAAUGCUUUCAAAGAUACUCACAUUUGAAGUCGGAUGGUUUGAUCAAGAUGAGAAUUCUAGUGGUGCAAUUUGCUCUAGACUUGCCAAAGAUGCCAAUGUGGUGAGAUCUCUAGUGGGUGACAGAAUGGCUCUUGUUGUACAAACAGUCUCAGCUGUAGUCAUAGCCUGCACUAUGGGCCUUGUCAUUGCUUGGAGGCUUGCUGUUGUGAUGAUUGCGGUCCAACCUCUCAUUAUUAUCUGUUUUUAUUGCCGGCGUGUUCUACUUAAAAGCAUGUCUCAGAAGGCCAUCAAAGCCCAAGAUGAGAGCAGCAAGCUUGCUGCAGAAGCAGUGUCCAACCUCCGAACAGUCACUGCCUUUUCCUCCCAAGAUCGCAUCCUGAAAAUGCUCGAAAAAUCACAGGAAGGCCCACAAAGAGAGAGCAUCAGACAAUCAUUGUUUGCUGGAAUUGGGCUUGGCACCUCGCAGUGCCUGAUGUCAUGUACGUGGGCCCUUGACUUUUGGUACGGAGGAAGGCUCAUUUCAAAAGGCUACAUCUCCUCUAAAGCCUUAUUCGAAACCUUCAUGAUCUUGGUGAGCACCGGCCGUGUCAUAGCAGAUGCCGGAAGCAUGACGACCGACCUCGCCAAGGGUGCGGAUGCCGUUGGGUCAGUCUUUGCUGUACUAGAUCGGUAUACAAGAAUUGAGCCGGAAGACCCUGAAGGGUAUGAGCCUGAAAAGAUAAUGGGCCAUAUAGAAAUAAGAGAUGUGGAUUUUGCAUAUCCAGCAAGACCCAAUCUUAUCAUCUUCAAAGGGUUCUCGAUUAAGAUUGAAGCAGGGAAAUCAACAGCAUUGGUAGGACAAAGUGGAUCCGGGAAGUCAACGAUCAUUGGAUUAAUUGAAAGAUUCUAUGAUCCAACUAGAGGGACUGUAAAAAUAGACGGUCGUGAUAUUAAGUCAUAUAACCUGAGAUUACUAAGGAAGAAGAUAGCUCUAGUUAGCCAAGAGCCAACAUUAUUUGCUUGCACAAUAAGGGAAAACAUUAUGUAUGGUACAUCAGAUAAAAUUGAUGAAUCAGAAAUCAUCGAAGCCGCUAAAGCAGCGAAUGCUCACGAUUUCAUCGCCGGAUUGAAAGAUGGGUAUGACACGUGGUGUGGAGAUAGAGGAGUGCAAUUAUCAGGUGGUCAGAAACAACGCAUUGCGAUAGCGCGUGCGAUACUGAAAAAUCCAGCAGUUCUACUAUUAGAUGAAGCGACUAGUGCACUUGAUAGUCAGUCGGAGAAAGUGGUUCAAGACGCACUUGAGCGCGUGAUGGUUGGAAGGACAAGCGUUGUCGUUGCACAUAGGCUUAGUACUAUACAGAAUUGUGAUAUGAUUGCCGUUUUGGACAAAGGCCAGGUCGUUGAGCAAGGGACCCACUCAUCCUUAUUGUCAAGAGGGCCCACUGGAGCUUACUUCUCAUUGGUUAGUCUUCAAAGGACCCCACCUAACAGCAGCCAUAUAUUCAACUGAAUGGAGAGAAAUUAGUGUUUUCUCUUUCUCUUUAUUAUUGUUGUUAUUAUUAUUAUUAUUAUUAUUAUUAUAUAUGUAUAUCUUUUUUCCUGUUUUCUAAAGUUUCUCUUCUUCCCUUAGUCGCCGUCCAAAUGGAGCUUCGUUUUUUUUUUCUUUUUUCUUCUCUUAAAAGGAGAAGUGAAAGAAGGAUGGCAAUUUUAAUGUUGUGUGAGACUGUAGGAUAAUUUAGAUAGUCAUAAUAAUGGCAUAAUUAAUAUGUAAAUGUAUAUAAUGCAGAAAGAUAAAUGGUUGUUUUGGCAAA